AUGCUCAAAUCACUCAUCACUCUUUCUGCUGGCCUAGUAGGUGGCGCCCAUGCUUUCUGGCGCAUGGAGUGCCCUGGUCGUGUGGGACUUGCCCGUAUUGAUCCCAUCGUCGAUCCUGGCACAGUUUCUAAGCAUGCCCACUCAAUUCAUGGGUCUUCCAACUUCGCCGAAACCGUCACCACCGAACAACUCCUAGAUGCCGAUUGUACAUCGUGUCGAGUAACACAAGACAAGUCUUCUUACUGGCAUCCUGCUAUGUAUUUCCAAGAUGGCGAUUCUGGAGAGUUUGAGCUUGUUCCUCAAGUGGGUGGUAUGCUUGCUUACUACCUCCUUUUUGGAGAUAACGUGACUGCUUUCCCUCCUGACUUCAGAAUGCUCUCUGGUUCAAAUGACCGAAGAAGCUACACCAUCGGUGAUCCAAGCAAGCCAGACCCGGAGAAGUCUAUGUGGCAAGCUCUCGGUCAGACCACGCAAAGCGAUCUAGCUCAACGGGCACUCGGAUUCAACUGUCUGAACUACCAAAAAGCCCCCGAGGGUACCCUCUAUCGUCACUACAUGCCUGACAAGGCUUAUCUCGAUGCGAACUGUGCCGAUGGAAUCCGUCUUGAAAUCAUGUUCCCAUCAUGCUGGAAGGGCGGUGAUGCUGUUGACAGCCAGAAUCACAAGGACCACGUCGCGUUCCCCGAUCUCGUCAUGACAGGUACUUGCCCCGAGGAGUAUCCUGUCCGGCUACCUAGUCUCAUGUAUGAGGUCAUCUGGAACACGGCCGCUUUCUCCGAUCGUAACGGUCGCUUUGUCUUUGCCAACGGAGACACUACCGGCUACGGUUUACAUGCAGAUUUUAUUAUGGGCUGGGAGGAAGAGUUCCUUCAGGAUGCCAUCAAUACCUGCACCAGCGAAACAGGAAGAAUUGAGGACUGCCCUCUCUUCGACGUUGUUAGCGAACAGAAGGCCACCUCAUGCGAGAUGAAGCUUCCCAAAGCUUUGGCUAACGAGGAUGUGAAGGGUCCUAUGAAAGAGCUUCCUGGUGGCGAUGGAGUUCCCAAUGGAGAUGGCUCCGACGUCGAGCAGCCUGACCCAACCGAUGGUGCUCAUGCACCCACCUUGACCUACUCACCUGGUGACCGACCAGAGAACUCUGCCUCACCUCUUCCUGGUCAAGUUUUCAAGGUGUCGUCAGCCUAUGGGGCUCCGGCUCCUGGCCCAAGCUCUAAGACCACUACUAAAGAUGUUCCAUCAUCCGUUGAACAGAAGCCAUCUCUGUCCACAGACGAAGUCCUCAUCCCCACAAUUGACGCUGGAGAGGUGGGCGCGGCUGCAAUCAAGGAGUCUACGAUUGCUGAGCCUCUCCCUGCUUCGGCACCUACAACCACUCCAGCGCCUGAGCUGCAGCCUGUGACAGACACAAAGAGUUACUUCAGCACACAGUUUGUAACAAACGGUAACCUCGUGAGCAAGAUCCUCUGGGAUGAGGAAGUGGUCUAUGUGACCGAUCUCCAAGAGGAAGUUGUGGUUGUUACUGUUACAUCAACUGCUGUUGUCACACCCUCAGCAGUACCAGCAGCAGCGCCACCCAGGAGGAGACGUCGUGGAGCUCACCUGCAUGGGCAUGGGCAUGGGCAUGGACAUCGAUAUUUCUAACAUUUAAAAAUGAGAUUAAAAAGGAAAACAAAAAAGGACAAAAACAUCUGCUUCUAUUGUCUGGCUGGUUCCAGGUGUUCGUAUGUUAUACAUGGUUGGAAGAGGAGCAUUUGGCUUGGAGGUUUUUUUUCUUCAUAGGAGGACAAUGGCAGCCCACGAGUUUGGGAACAUGUAAACUUAGAGAGAAACAACCUGCUACAAAUACAGGAAUGAUGAAUGAU